AGCGUUUUUGACUAUGUUUCCAUUUAUAUCAUGGUAUCAGAGCCUUGAAAUAUUCAAGUGAGUAAAAUUUAUUAUUCUCCUUUCUCCAUGGCAGUCGGAGAUGAGAAUACAUCCUCUUCUUCAAAAAUAGACUUUACCUCACCUUUCUAUUUAGGACCUCAAGAUAGGCCAGGAGACUUUAUUACUCCAGUCCGUCUAACCGGGGAAAAUUAUGACGAUUGGUCAAGUUCUGUCCGCCUUGCUCUUCGUGCUAGACGUAAAUUUGUUUUUGUCAAUGGAGUGAUCAAUGAGCCGGUGCCGCCAUGUACGGAGGAAGAUUGGUUGACCAUUCAUUCAAUGUUGGUGUCAUGGAUUAUGAACGUCAUAUCACCGGAGGUAAAACUUACCUUGUCUAAAUUUGAUGAUGCAAAAUUGUUGUGGAAUGAUUUAAAAGAACGGUUUUCGGUGAUUGACGGUCCUAAAAUUUACCAAGUCAAAACAGAUAUUGCUAGAUGUGAGCAGUCUAAAACACAAUCUGUCGCCACCUAUUACGGAAAACUAAAAGUUUUGUGGGACGAACUCAAUAACUAUGAACCAUUGAUAAGUUGCUCAUGUGGUAAAUGCACUUGUAAGGUUAACGCUCUACACGAACAACGUAGAGAAUCGGAGAGAUUUCAUCAAUUUUUGAUGGGAUUAUCUACCGAUUUCUAUGGACAAAUUCGUUCGCAGCUACUUUCUCAAACCCCACUUCCCACGCUCAAUCGGGCUUUUCAACAAAUUACUCAAGAAGAAAGGGUGCGUGACAUAAUGCAAAGCAAAGAACGUGAUGAAAAUCAUGAAGUUAUGGGCUUUGCAUUACGUAUGGAUGUACCAAACCCAAGGAGAUAUGAAAAAAUUGAUAAAUCUGGAUUACAUUGCACCCAUUGUAAUUUACGUGGUCAUACAAAUGCAAGCUGUUUUGAGAUAGUAGGGUAUCCCGAGUGGUGGGGUACGCGUCCCAGGCUAAAUGAAAGAAAUACAAAAAAUCAAAAAAUGAUUCGAAGAGGAGACGGGAAUUCAAUGCCUAGGAUCCCACGUUACACACCAAGCCAAAAGCAGACCCAGACUCACGUCCUUGCUGCCGCUGCUCCAGGACCUGUGCAAUCUGCCGUGUCUGCAAUCUCCACGUCGCCAUACCAGCUGGCUGGACAAACAUUUCAGUACACCGAAAACAUUGCAGCUGCCCAUCAAUUUCCAGUAGGUGUUGUCCCAUGUGAAGAUGGACCCACUUCCAGCAAAAUCAGGCCACCUAGUGCGCCACAAACUCACUCUAUGGCAGUAGAUACAUCUGGACGGUUGUCCUUUAACCCAGCUGCCAGCACAUCAGGUUUUUCAAAUGAUCAAUGGCAAACCCUUGUGGCUGCUUUUGGUCAGCCCACAGCUCAUGGUAACCAAAUGCACGGACCUUCAAAUGAGGAAGCUGAUUGGAAUGGGUGAGCGUAGGGAUGGCCUUUACUACUUUUGUGCAAGGGGAACAGUACAAGCUCUUGUCAUCAAUGAUUCUUCUCUAUCAGUGGAUAUUUGGCAUCAACGAUUGGGACAUCCUUCAGAAAAAAUUAUGUCAUGGUUAUUUCCCAUGCAUGCACCUAAAAAAAAAUUGCAUGCACCCUGUGAAAUUUGUCACCGGGCUAAACAGUCUAGAAAUCCAUUUCCUACCAGUGAAAAUAAAACAACCAGAAUAUUUGAGCUCAUCCACUG